AUGUCAGCCAUAGUAGCAACGAGCAACACUCGCGCAGACUUUCACUCAUCACCGGUUCAGCAUGGACUGAGCGAAGAGCACCAGGCGAUCGUGAAGUCUACUGCUCCUGUGUUGGCUGAGCAUGGUGUCGCCAUCACGUCGCACUUUUACAAACGCAUGCUUAACAACCAUCCAGAACUCCGCAACAUCUUCAACUCCGCACAUCAAUCUACGGGAACUCAGCCUGCAGCGCUUGCCCAUGCGGUCUGGGCGUACGCCGCUAACAUCGACAAUCUGGGAGCCUUGACUAGCGCAGUAUCUCGAAUUGGCCACAAACACGCCAGUUUAGGCAUCACUGCAGACCAAUACCCCAUCGUCGGCGAGAACCUGCUGGCCUCAAUCAAGGAAGUCCUUGGAGACGCCGUAAAUCAACCCGUCAUUGAUGCCUGGGCGGCGGCAUAUCAACAGCUGGCCGAUAUCUUUAUCAACUUCGAGGCAAACCUCUACAAGAAGGCUGAAGAAUCUGCUGGUGGUUGGAAUGGGUGGCGCAAAUUCAGAAUUGCCCGCAAGAUCGAGGAGAGCGAUGAAAUCAUAUCGUUUUAUCUCGAGCCAGUCGACGGAGGAAAGCUACCAACAUUUACAUCGGGCCAGUACAUCUCAGUCCGCGUAUUCGUACCAGAACUCGGGGUGUAUCAACCUCGACAGUACAGUCUGUCCGACACCCCUGAAAGAAAUCACUUCCGAAUCUCCGUCAAGAAGGAAUUCGCAAAGGACCUUGCGCCCGCAGGCCGCAUAUCAAAUCUGUUGCACGAGAAUGUCCCAGAAGGCACAGAAAUUGACGUCAGCAACCCGUACGGGGACUUUACUUUGGAUGUCGAAUCGAGCAAUCCCGUUGUCUUGAUCAGUGGUGGCGUAGGGAUCACCCCGAUGCUGUCAAUGCUCGGCACUCUGACCGAACACGCUCCAACGAGAAAGGUCGUCUUUGUCCAUGCCACGCGCAGUGGAAAGGUUCACGCGAUGAAGAAUUAUCUUUCCCAAAUUGUCAAGGACAACCCACAAGUAUCGAAGGCGGUCUUCUAUGAAGAAGUCGGUGAUUCAGAUGAAGAAGGAAAAGACUUUGACUACGCCGGUCGCAUUGACGUGGAGAAGAUCAAGGACAAGGUCAUCCUGCCCGACGCCGACUAUUAUCUCUGUGGCCCCAUACCUUUCAUGCAGGCACAACAAAAAUCCCUCGAGGCUCUGGGCGUCCCCUCAGAACGGAUCCAUUCUGAGGUCUUUGGAUCUGGUAUUGCAUAA